AUGUCAGAAUUCAUAGGAUAUGUCGGUACACUCCAUGAGAUCAACUCGGAAAACUCAACAGUGGCCUUGGAAAAUGUUAAAUCCCAUGGAACAGAAGGGCGAAAGGAAAAUCCGGAUGAUGAGAUUCAGCCCUCGGAUAGCGUCUACGAGUACAUUGUCUUUCGUGGUAGCGAUGUAAAGGACUUACGUAUUGAGGAGGCGCCUGCACCGAAGGAAAACAAACCCCCACAGGUGCCCAAUGAUCCUGCGAUUCUCGGAAGCGGAACUCGUCCGGGCCCCUCUGCACAAGCUCCCCCAGCUCCCCAAAACCAAAAUCAAAACCCACGAGGACCUCCUUCGCAAGGACAAAAUGGUCCUCAACAGGUACCACCACCAGGCAUGGCUCCUUUUGGACAAUACCCCCCUCAUGGGUUCUAUCCUCCUCCUCCACCUGCAGGAUGGGGUCGAGGUGGUCCCCCUGGUCCAGGUUUUCCAGGAAUGUCGCCAUUUGGUGGUCCACCAGGUUGGUAUCCCCCACCUGGACAUGGAUUCCCACAACACCCUGGUCAAUUUCCCCCUCCCCCAGGGUAUGGCUUUCCACCACCAGCUCAACACUUUCAACAACAAAACCAGCAACAAAAUCAGCAACAAAAGCCAUCGCCAAUUGGACCUGGCGCGAACAAACAACAAACCCCCACUUCCGCGACCUCAGCAGACAAGCCAACCGAGGCGCAAGCUCCUGGCGCUGAAAGCACUGCUGCACCACCAGCUCCCAGACAAGCAACCCCACCCUCCUCCAAGACUGCUUCGACUGAAGCAGAUGCAAACGCUGCAAAAAUAUCUCAGUCUGCAGCUCCGCCGGCUGUGCGAGCUACACCAAGUGGUCCCAAAGGCGGUCGUGUCCAACCGGUAAUGCCAUUACCUAGUCCUGCAGUCUCUAAAGCUGCAUUGCAAAAUACCACUGCCCCUGCACCUCCAAAACAAAGCGAUGCUUCCACAAGUUUGAGAGAUGCUACACAAGCUGCAACUGCCGCUGUUGCUGCUGCAAUGGCCAAGCUUCCUCCAGUUGGAAGUCAACAAACCAAUGGAAAUGCUGUAGACAAUUUGACAAGAAAGGUUAAUGAAAUGCGAACGACCGAGCCCGUCCGCGCUCCUAGACAACCAGGUACUAAUGGAUUUGCGGCAAGAGGCCGUGGUCGAGGUGGUCGGGCUCUUGGUCCAGCUAAAGUUGAUGUUCCUUCGACCGACUUCGAUUUCGAAUCUGCAAAUGCAAAAUUCAACAAACAAGAUUUAGUCAAGGAGUCUAUCACUGGAUCCCCACUUGGGGAGCAGCCUCAAAAUGAUUCCAGUGCACCCGAGGGAGAUAAGGAAGAAGCGGUACCCAAGGCAUACAACAAAGCCACAUCAUUCUUCGACAACAUUUCGAGUGAAGCGAAGGAUCGCACAGAAGCUGCUGGAAAUAGACCUGGUGGGCGUGAAUGGCGAGGUGAAGAACAAAAGAAGAAUGUUGAGACUUUUGGGCAGGGAAGUGUCGAUAACGGUCACCGUGGAGCAUAUCGCGGACGCGGACGCGGUCGUGGUGGUUACAGAGGAAGAGGUAGUUAUGCAGGCAACGGACAGCCUACACGCGGCCGUGGUGGAGGAUAUCGAGGUCGUGGCGAUGCCGAAUCCGUAGUGCAAUAA